AUGAGCUCCGCUAUUUUUACAUGUAAUUGUUGUGUUAUCCAGUUCAAAACCAGUGAUUUGCAGAGGUAUCACAUGAAGACUGAAUGGCACAGAUACAAUUUGAAGAGAAGAAUUGCCAACCUUCAACCUAUUGGCGCGGAACAGUUUGCUGAAAAAUUGCAAAUUUCUGAAAAGGAACAAGCUGAAAACCAAGUCGAUGAGUUCGGCUUUCCCGUUUUGAAACCUAUCGUUAAUCAAAGUAGCCAACAUAGUGCAUUAUCUGCGAAACAGAAAAAGCCAAUCAAGUCGAAAAGAGGAAGGAAUGUUGGUGCAAACUUGCUGAAGAAAAAUGACAAGGAUGACGUUGCUAAAGAGAAAAAAGCUAGGUCCGUUUCUCCUUCUGGAUCAAUAUCUUCGCAGUUGUCUAACCUGACCGUAAGAACUGAAAAUACAAACACAGAUUACGGUGAAGAUACUGUUUCUGAAUAUGGUUUCACAAGCGACUCUAAUUAUGAUGCUACUAGUGAUGAGGAUUUAGACACCGCCGACAGACCCAUAGAUAACAAAGAAGCUGAAAAGAUAUCUAUCACCGAAUGUAUAUAUUGCGGGAAAAAUAGCAAAGAAGUUGAAAGGAAUGUUAAACACAUGUUUAACGAACACGGUCUUUUCAUACCUGAAAGAUCCUAUUUGAUUGAUUUAAAUGGUUUAUUAGAAUUCUUAAUAAAAAUGAUUGUUAUAGAACAUAACUGUUUAUGUUGUAACUUUCACGGCUCUGGUUUAGAAAGUAUAAGAGCGCACAUGAGUUCUAAGCGCCAUUGUAGGCUACCGUACGAAACAAAGGAGGAGCGUCAAUUGUUCGCCCCAUUUUACGAUUUCACGUAUGAUGAUCGUUCUAUCGAUGAGGAGACUCAGUGCGGUACAGCAGGCAUACCAGAGCCUUCUACGGAUCAUGAGGCAAAGGACUAUGAGGAAGAUGCCGAAGUGGAUACUACGUUGAUUCUGAGCGAUAACGAUAUUAAUGCAAAUUAUACUACUGUUUCCAUUGACGAAUCAGGUUUGGAACUUACUUUACCAACGGGCGCAAGACUAGGUCACCGUGCAGGACAGAGAUACUACAGACAAAAUUUACCCUCCCAAUCAAAUCCCGAUGAGAGCAGAAGAACUGUUACCGCCGCCGACAGGAGGAUGAUUAGUGGUGUCACUGAAAAGCAAUACAAGAAGGGCAUGAAGAAAAUGCAACAAUUGGAGAAAACUGCCAUAAAUACGCAGAUCCGCCGUGAUAUCAAAAGGGUCAACUUCCAAACACACUACAGGGACGAACUGUUGCAAUAA